CGCGAUCUUGGCGCAUGCACGAAAUAUGCCAACACCCGCCAAGGCGAAGCGGGCGAAGGCAGCGAAGGGUGUAAACCCCAAGACAUUGGCAUCGUGGAAGGAGCGCUUGGUUCAGCUGCAUCAAGCCCGGAAGGACUACCUGUUCCAUCUUCGUGAGACAGAUUUGACCAUUGGAGCACCGGUGACGUUGGUCGAAAAGGUUUGCCGUGUGGUGGAGUUAGCUGGCGGGUCUAUCGCACUGAAGGAGUCGCCCCCGCUGCACCUUUCGUACAAGGAUUGUUUGCACAAGCAUCCAUGCACGGAUUUAACCUUGGCAGGGCUCGAAGUGAAUACAUGGAUGCCCACACUUGUAGCUCGUACAGUACCUCCAGGCAUCCCGAUCAAACCUUCUGUAUGCACGUCGUUGUUUCUACAGCACUCCAACGUUAACGACGGUGGCAUGGCACACAUUGUCAAGCUCAAAUUCGUCCAAGUCCUCGACAUUUCAGGAUGUGAAGUACUCACUGACGCAUCGCUGCACGUCAUUCGCCGCACGUUGAGCCAGCUCUCCGAGUUACGAAUCAACGACUGCCGCAACUUUGGCAGCGACGCGCUUGCUUCGACGUGGUCCGACUGUACCCGGCUUCGUCGCCUUUACGCCCAGAACUGUCCUGGAGUGACUGAUCGUGUCCUCCAUUGCGUUGCCACAACGAAGCGGGCGUCUGAGUACUCAACCCAAGUGCUCGACAUCCGGCGAUGCCGGAGCAUCACCGACUCUGGCGUGGGCGAUAUUGCCACGUCCAAACAAGAGAUGGCGCUGCAAUUCCUUGGCCUUGGUCACUGCCCGCACGUGAAAGCGAUGGCGUUUUUCGCGUUUGGAACGUCUCGAUCGCUUUCGUAUGUCGACACGCUGGACAUUGCGGGCUUAGACAUUGACGAGACUGCCAUAAGCUGGCUCACACAGGGCUGCCGCACGUCGCUUGUCAAGUUAAAUGUGGCGCAUUGCGGCAAACUCAACGACUUUUGUCUGGUUCUUCUUGGCCAAUGUCGAAAACUGACAUGGCUCAGCUUGAAGGGGUGCGCCCUUGUCUCGUCCAUGGGGCUACGAAACCUCUUGCAGCCUCCACCUACAACCGAUGAAGGAGCGCCGUCGUCCAGCUGCCGCCAUAGUCAACACAAGGAACCCGACGACGGCGACUCGUCCCUAUUGACGUACCUGAACCUGAAGAACUGCGUCCGGAUCGACGAUGCGGGUAUGGCUGUGCUGGGCCAAGCAUGUUUGGACCUCGAGGGGCUCAACCUGCGGGGGGUGCCCCGCGUGACGGACAUUGGCCUCACGACACUCGCAAAGCGCUGCACGGUCCUGCGCUCUCUAAAGCUUUCCGGCUGUCGCAACCCUGCGUUUUACGGUCGACCGGACAUUGGGGAUGACGGCUUGCGCGCGUUGAGCAAACUCUGCCGCCAUCUGACUGUACUCGACUUGGCCGGCGCCCCGCGCGUGUCGUCCGUCGGAGUCGCCGCCAUCGCCGCGACCUGUCCCAAGUUGGAAAAAGUCACACUGACCGACACGACGAUUGACGACAAUGCGGUGCUGGCGCUCGCGGCCCAGUGCCCUGCAAUCCACACCCUUCACUUGACCAAAUGUCGCUUCAUCACGGACGCCGCGGUCGAAGCUAUUGCCAGUGGGCUGUUCAGUCUGCGAACACUAUCGCUGGCGUUCAACUCGACCAUCUCAAACAAGAGCUUGGUGGCCCUCGCAGCGACCAAGUCGCCCGUGGAAAGUUUGGAUUUGAGUGGGGACGUCCUCAUCGACGACGCCGGGAUGAUGGCGCUAGUGGCCGGAUGCCACCGUCUCCGCCACGUUCUCGUCAAAGGCUGCGACCGCCUCACCGAAGGCUGCAUCCGCGACUGCACGGCAAAUCUCCCGUUUUGCCGCCCGCAACCGUGCCCAGAGUCGCAACAAUUGGAGCCUCGAUCACCCCCUUGGAUUUCCAUUUACGAGCACUUGGUACGGCAGUACACCGGUGCAUGCAAGUUGCAAGCGUCCGUGCGCAAGUGGAAGCAACGGGAUGCGUCCCUCCGAGUUAUGGCGCGGCGGAAACUGCGACGGAGUCGGCGCGCCGCCAUCAAAAUCCAGCGAUGUUAUCGACGGCACCACCAAUGGCAGGCGUUCCUGCACAUGCUAUCGCUGGGCCGCAACCUCGACGCCAUCUUACAUGUGCAAGCAGUGUACCGGGGCAACAAGUCUCGAGUCAAGUCGCGGGCAUGGAAAGUACUGGCGACCUCCAGUGCCACCACAAUCCAGCGCGGGGUUAAGCACCACCUGUACCGUCGACAUGCCCACGCGCGCGACAUCCAGCGACUCUACAGGGGGCAUCGGGGCCGCCUCAUCGGUCACGAAGUGGUGCGUAUGAGGCGCCAAACUGCCGGCGACCAAAUCGUGGCGUGGGUGCGCCGGUGUCUCGCCCGCUAUGAGUUCCACCAGAGAGCCAAAGCCAUUUCGGCGCACGUGCGACGGAUCCAACGCGUGUAUCGUUCGUAUGCCCGUCGCGGCCGCCUCCGCCGCCUUGUGGUCGCGUACAUUGCGAGUGCUACACGUAUCCAAUCGGUGAUGCGCAUGGUGCUGGCCAAAGCCAAAGUCGCCAGGCGUCGGGUGCUGUACCAUAGCCGCAGCCUGCGCAUCCAAACGUUGUAUCGAGGGUACAAGACCCGUCGGUGGUUCCGGCACUACAAGGCUCAUGUCAUCGGCGCCGCCGCCCAGAUUCAAGCGUGGGUGCGCAGCAGGUGGUGCCGAAUCAAGUACCUCUGGACCCGGAACUGCAUUAUUGUGGCGCAGCGCCGGUUUCGAACGUACAUUUCAAUUCGGGACAUGCAUAUCCUAGCGCUCCAAGCGCUCCACUUGCGGCGAUGGGAGGCAAGUGAGAUCAUUCAACGCGUAUACCGCGGCCACCUCGGGCGUCGACGGGCGACGCUGUUUCGCAAGAUUCGGCGCGCCAAGUACGCCAAAAAGGGCCAGAAUGCCACCGAAUUUUUCGUGCGUCGACGUUUCCUCCGGCGGGGGGCGGCUAUCACGAUCCAGAGAUGGUUUCGCCCGAUUCAUCAGCGCAUGCGCAUGGAAACCAUCCACGGCUGGCGCGUCCGCCAAGCUAAUCUUUGCAUCCAGCGCUACAUCAAAGGGUGGCUGGCACGAGUGUUGGCAGGUCGCGCCAAAGCGAGGCUGGUGGCGGCGUCCCAGGACAUGCAACGGGUGUAUCGAGGCCAUCGAGGCCGACAAGUCGCCCGUGCGAGGUGGCUAGCCCGACGGCGGCUUCUGGCAGCCAUCUACGUCCAAAAAUUCGUGCGGGGAUUCCUAGCGCGAUGUUAUCGGCGGCGUUUCUUUGUCGAAUCCACGGCCGCGGCAAUCAAAAUGCAAAAAGUGUAUCGAGGCAACCAAGGGCGCCGCAUUGCUGCCAUCGAGCGUGCCAAGAGGACGUUGGCCUCACGGGACAAAUACAAAGCGUCGCUGCGGGGCAAACUCGACUUGAAGCUAGACAAGCGAGAGCGCAAGUUUUUACUGCAACGGCAAAUUGCCCUCAUGGAGAUUUCCCACAAAAACCUCAAGCGACGACGGGUGGGAUAUGAAAAGAAGAUGGAGGACGUCCGCGCGCAUCGAGCGGCGGUGUGGGCGCGGGCAAACGAAGUCGUGUCCGAGACGUACGCGCUCAAGCGGUACGUGAUUCCACUGUAACACCGUGGCGAUAUGAAUGGCAUACACCUGAGUGCAGAAUGGCAUUCAGCUGCGUGCAUGUAGAUAACUAGCUAGCUCUACAUGCGUCUAACCGUUGCAUUGUUGUUGCUUUGUUGGUGGUUACUAGCAACCUCGUCGGGGCCAGCGAGAAUGUGUUUGUGACCAAGAUCGAGCUGGACGAGGAUUUGGCGCGACAGGCGUCGCUCACAGCGCAGCUCACGGACGUGCACGUGAAACUGACGGCGUUCAAGCAGAUGCUGCAAGCCAAGAUCGCCGACGUGCGCGUGAUGGACCCGGUCGAGUUUUGGACGAUUGCGCGGUCCAGUGGUGUGUUUGACUUUACCAGCCCGAAUGAUCGUCGCGACGAGAACGACGAUGUGGCAGCGGCCUAGUAUUGAUGUGAGUCUAUUUUUAGCGUCGAUUACAUGUCAAAGUGGCAGCCGCCAUGAUUAUGGCGUGCCUUGAAUUCCGUUGAUAAGAUUGAUUCGAGGCCCGCCAUCGACCAGAAAGUGUAUUAUUGCACGUCUCAAUGGGCGUUCAUUGUUUGUUGUACUUUCAAUCAAUCGCACACACACAUAUGUUUGCCGCCCCAGCCGGUGGUCGUAGUUCUGAGUCCACGACCGUUGGGAGUAACCAGCUUCUUGACCCAAAUCAGUCUGACGUUCCUUCGACACUACCCCAUGCCCAUGAUCAGGCUAAGGGGGGACAUGGCGAAGCAGAGUCCAUGUGGUACUUUUGUCCGGCGUUGGAUGCGUUCCAGGUGGAGUUGGGAGCGGACAUUCGCGACGCAUUCCUGAGUCCUUCCAAGCAAACGGUGCCCCUUCAAUCGGACGUUGCCUUGCCCCUAUUGCACGCCUACGACUUGCCUUUGUCUCCCCUGCCUUCGCCAACGCCCUCAAGCGCUUCGAUAGCUCAUUCGCCAACACAUGAUCAUCCCGAACGUCGAGCCAGCGCAAGCAGCAGCGACGACUCUGGCCUAGGUGACGACAUUGACAACGACGACGACAAUGGUUUGGACGAGACGCUGUCUGGGGAGCCUCCCACCACCGGUCGGUGGACAAAGAAGGAGCACGAGCUAUUCCUCGAAGGCUUAAGACGGUACGGCAAGUCAUGGAAAAGCAUUUCGAACCUCGUCGUGUCGCGCACGUUGGUGCAAAUUCGCACUCAUGCGCAAAAGUACCUCCAGAAGCAAUCCAGGUCGUCCAAGACCGGAGCAGCGUACCAGUAUUUGGCCGGAAACCAGCCCCCCAGUCGCCACCACACGUUCCAUCACCAACAAGCACAAUCUACACUCCCGCAUCACUUGGCCAUGUCGUCCUUCUUCAUGCCGCACCAACAGCAGCAGCUACGGUGGCCAGUCCCCCCAGCCUAUCAAAACGAUGCCAUCUAUCGCCAAUUGAUUUUGGCGAACCAACAACACCUCAGCACCACGAGCAACAACGUGAUCGACGAACUGUUAGACCACUCGGACGAUGACAACGAAAAUGCCGACGAUGGCAACCAACCAAACAACCAUGACGAGUGGGACGACGACGACGACAACGAGCUUCAACACAUGAUGAUGGGUUGCGAAACGAGUGGCGACAAGCGACGGAGUUCGGCCCCGGCGAUGUCGUCGUCGCUCAAGCCUCUGGCGCCGUCGGUGGGUUUCAAGCGAAGGCGACUCGACGAGACAGGUACGGCGUACUUGGAUCCUGCCGUGUCGUACGUAGCCAGGACGAACCCGUCGACGCACUUUUUAUUUCCCAGUCACACAUCACCUCAGCAGUUAGGAGGGCCGUAUGGACACGUACUACGGAGCCCACAGCUCAUUUAACACGAUCCACAACCAACGUUUCUACAGUACUCCUGUACUGCGGUUGAUUUUACUAUGGCUACAAUACUCAUGUUGAGCUGAAGACAUCCUCGAGCCAUGACCUUGAUCAUGAAUACAGAUAUCAGUGCAUUCAGUAACACUCAAAUAUCAUAAACCAAUUGGGU